AUGCUGCGAAAUUUGAGGGAUCCUGGGAAGAGCACAAUUCAUUGGUUUAACGUAGACUUGCAACAAGACCACAACACCAUCAGGCUCGAGCUGCCCGCAUGGGUGAGAUCAUUCAAGUUCACCUUCGAAUGCAGGAAACCAGGUCCUAUGGCAGUGGAUGAUAGCGAAAUGGAAAUGCAAUCAGAGCCAGCUACAGAAAAUCUGAGGUGUGCUGCUCAAGCGCUGGUCAGUGGUACCGGGCAGCUCGUCAAUGACAGCAAAGUAGAACCAGGAACUAAAGGCCUCACGCAACCACAAACCAGUACAGCCAAGUGUGCUGGACCUGUGAUUGAUGACAGCGAAAUGGAACCAGAGUUGGAACCAGAGGCUUAG